ACCCAACUAGGGAAGAUUAAUUUAAUCUUAGGCUGGACCUGGCUAUUUAAACACAAUCCUGAGAUUGACUGGCAGACAGGGGUUGUCACAUUGUCACGUUGCCCUCAGGAGUGUGAAAACUUGGGUAAACCAAGUCGCGUCCGUCAAACUGAGCAUCUUGAAAAGAUAAACUGUUACAAUCACACAAUUUUCGGACCUUUCCUUCUUUUUCAUUCUCCGCUUUAA